AUGGGUUCCACCGCCAGUCGCGAAUACCUUAGUCCUUACGAGAUUAACACUCCACUGAUUGGAAUAAGUUUCAUCUCUCUCUUAUUCAACUCUGUGGAGAAUGGUGUGUUUCGUGUGACCAAUUUACAUAGUAAUGCAUUGCUCUGUUUGACGCUUUGUGUUUCUACUGGCUGCACGUCACGUCUUAACGAGCCAUUAUGGGGUGCUCGCUUAGGGUUUUCCGCGGCCUUUUACUUUACCUUUGCUCCUUAUCUAAAGCUAUUGUACACUAAACGAUUGUUCCCGGACUUUGUACGGAUUGGGAUCGGUAGUUUUUACAUGUCGUAUCAUAUGCUGCAGUGGUAUACAGCCAAAUAUCACUUUGAAGAUGCUCACGAGGACUAUGAAGAUGAGGAUUAUUGAGGAUAAUAUGUUUCACAUUUGAGUAUAUUGCACUUUACAUCUUUUCUUCUUCUUCCCUUUUCAGCUAAUUGAAGGGGUUCAUGCGCUAUCUCUGAAU